AUGAGCCCGUCGCUAUCCGAAUUCUGUGUUCCCUAAGUGGCUGCAGAUCGAGUCUCCGCGAAGGGUCUCCGUCCUACAAGAUGAAUUCACCGACGUUACUCGUCCCGUACCCAGGCCGAGCCAAUGACAAAACCCACAUAUCCUGCAACGUGGCCGUUGGUGACGUCCUCUCAGCGAGCUGGGAGUACCAGGUCAGGAAGUGGGCCGUGGACGCGAAAGGCGCUUACGACGACUACGCCAUGCGAGGCAAGAGACUGUUUCCCCGGACCGAGGGUGCCCUGUUCCUUGAGAUGGCCGUCAAGGACAUCCUGGCUCAAUGCACCACCAUGGAAGCCCUACGCAGCAUGCAAGGAGCCUUGCACAAGGCGGUCUUUGUAUCCAGGGAUGCCGGACGACCGCAGACAUGCAGGGUCCUUGCAGUGAAGCAAUCGACCAAGGCCAUGGAACGCCCUUGGAAGAACAUCGCUGGACAUCGCAGGAUGCGGUUCCCGAUGAGCGAGGGCGACGUGCUUAUUGACGUGAGCAUCGCAGACUGUAUGUCACUGCAACUGUGUUCAGGCUGCCGGGCACAAGCUGGUGGUCGAACGCAGAGACCCCUGAUGACCGGAACUAUUGAGCCUCGACUUCUUGGUCUUGGCUACGCUGCUGUUUCGGCCGCCGAUGCCAAACGUCAAUUCCAAAGCCCACAGCGACACGGGCAGCGUGCCUGUUCCAAGCAGCGGCCUUUGGAGGCUAAACGGGAGCACGGAGAAGCAUAUUCCUACUCGUGGAGCGACAGCUGGCGUGAGCAGGAUUCACCUGAGCGUGCAGCGAGGCGAAGUGGCUUCAGCCGCAUACAGCAAGGGCGUCAUGGGCUUCAUGUCGCACAACCACCCGCAAGAGACGCUACAGCAACAACAGCGCUACGCCAGCGCUGCGCCAGUGCUACUAAAGAGGAUGUACGGCCCUGGAACGCCAAGUUGUAG